GCAAUGUGUUAUCCUACAUAUAUGUAUAUAUAUAGUAGACAUUGUGCGCCUAGCUGGAGGUGUUGUUCUUUUAAAAUACUUGAGAAAAAAAUAUAUAUUUUCUUUCUCCAGUGACAGCCACCCUCAUACCUGGGACAAGCUUUAUCUUGCUCAUCAUUGGCCAGUGACUGUAUGCAAGCAAUACAGUAUUAAUUGUCAAGACCCACCAGAGUACUGGACAAUUCAUGGACUAUGGCCUGACGGAGUUCAAGAUUGUAAUAGAACAUGGCAUUUCAAUGACACAGAGAUUAAGGAUCUUAUGACAGACAUGACACGCUAUUGGCCGGAUGUAAUUCAUCCAUCUUUGAAUAGCACCCAUUUCUGGAAACAUGAAUGGGAGAAACAUGGGACUUGUGCAGCCACACUUCAGGUCCUCAAUUCUCAGAAGAAAUACUUUGGUAAAACCCUGGAGCUCUACUGGCAAGUUGAUCUUAAUGGUAAUCUCCAGAAGGCUGGGAUAAAGCCAAACAGUACAUAUUACACGAUGACUGACAUAAAAGAAGGUAUUAGAAAAUUGUAUGGUUUAACACCAAAGAUCCAAUGUCUUCCUCCAGAAAAGGGUGAAAAAGCACAAAUACUUGGUCAGAUUGAAUUCUGCUUCACCAAGGAACUGAAGCUGAGAAACUGCACAGAGCCAAGGGGUGAAUCCAACAGAUUGCAGCUUGGAAUUCGGAAUCUGUCUGUCUGCAAAGACAAUCUUCCCGUCUAUUAUCCUCCAAUGGUCCAACAUCGCAAAUGAAGCCACAAGAAUUUGAAAAACUUCUUAAACAAAACAAAUCAAAAACAACAAAUCCCUUAAACGGUAUAUCUUGGAAAACAGUCUUGACUUGACUUAGCAAUAUUACAAACCCCUGUCUAUUUCAGGAUGCUGUGAGGAUUUUUGCUGGAG